AUGGCCAUUUAUGACAUAAACACGACUCCACAUCUCAACACAUUGACACCAGAAAAAGUGGCUGAGCUGUUGCGACUGCGUGAGGCUGUGCUGGCAAAACAAGCAGAGUCCAGUUGCUGCGUUGUCUUGAGCCCAACAGACGAGGCCCUAUUCGACGAAGCUAUUGAAGGCUUGGUCGACUUCAACAUGGAUGGGGACCAGGGUAAUGACUCGCUCAUGGCUGACAACAAUGACAACUAUAUUGGUGAUGAAGGUAGUAGGUCUCCAUCCCCCAGCAUCAAAUGUGUGGGCAAACAUCGCCGUGGAGCAUCUGAUGGUGAUGACAACAACAAUGGGCCAGUGCGGAAGGCUGUCAAGAUCCAGGAAAGUAAGGGGCAGCUAAAGGCUGCCAAUUACAAACCAUUUGUUUGCACCACCUUUGGCAUUGCGUGGGCCCUCUAUCGUGGCCGUCUCUGCAUGGAGGGUCCUAUGCCUGACCGUAUGCAGGAGGUGACAUGGGCCAAAUUAGUGUGGAAAGAAGCAUGCAAGAGGUUACAUACUCAAGUUGCUUAUGAUGCAGAGAUUUUAAAAAUGAUCACUUUGCGAGGUUCCCACCUUCGUGGCGAAGUCAAGACUAAAGUCCGGCCAUAUGUCGCAGAUGAGUACGGGUUCGAGAUGAGCACCAAGCAAUCUGUCAUUGAUCGCAAUAUCAUGCUCGCACGGGAACUCAAGAAGGAUUUUGCCUUUGUUUAUAAGGCAAGUACCUAUUACCUUGCCAUACUUGCUUCCCAAAUGGUAACAAAGGCUUAUAUGGUGCCAAGAUUAUCCAGAAGGGGGUCAACACCAUAUGGUUCCACUGACAAGAAAGACGAAGGUGUGCUAUAUCCCGAGUUCUACAAACCAUUCCCAGAGGUUGGCUUUGCAUUGCUUUUGACUGCGGUACCAUGUUUUUUGGCCGUGGGGAUUGAGUGCUGA